AUGGAACUUGAGCAACCCAUGUUGAAAGACACUCGUCGUGACCCAACGACGGAUCUACUCCAUGUCAAGGUCAUGAAUAUGACAAAAGCAUGCAGUCUUCAGGUUUCAAAAUCGUUUCGGAUGCUCGAAAAUGAUGUGCCGAAUGGCCCUCCCCAAGGAAAACUAGCAUGGUUAAGGUCUCAAGUCAUCGGCAGUGACGUGGAGUUUGACACUCCUUUUGGAAAGCGUCGGCUUACCUAUGCCGACUACACUGCCUCUGGCCGAUGUCUUCAGUUCAUUGAGAAGUACAUCAUUGAGAAGGUUCUUCCAUUCUAUGGGAAUACUCAUACAAGUGACAGUUAUGUGGGGGAUCAAACUACAACAAUGGUGCAUGCGGCAAGUAAGUAUGUCAAGUCUUGCUUAGGGGGCAAAGAAGAAGAUGCACUACUGUUUGUUGGCUCAGGCACAACCGCAGCCAUUAAACGGCUUCAAGAGGUUAUGGGAAUUGCUGUUGCAUCAACUAUGAAGAACAGGGUUUUGAAUAGCCUUAGGAGUGAAGAAAGAUGGGUUGUUUUUGUUGGGCCAUAUGAACACCAUUCGAACCUCCUCUCGUGGCGCCAAAGCUUAGCAGAAGUUGUAGAGAUCGGUCUAGAUGAAAAUGGCCUAAUCGAUAUUGCAGCUUUAAGACAACACCUCGAGUCAUACCAGCACACAAAUCGCCCCAUGUUGGGUUCUUUCUCAGCAUGUAGUAAUGUCACCGGAAUUUACACUGACACGCGCUCCCUUGCUUCACUUCUUCAUCGAUAUGGUGCUUUUGCAUGUUUUGAUUUUGCUGCAAGUGGUCCUUAUGUGGAGAUUGACAUGAGAUCCGGUGAGGUAGAUGGAUAUGAUGCAAUAUUCCUUAGUCCACAUAAGUUCGUCGGGGGACCAGGUACUCCCGGAAUUCUUCUAAUGAGCAAAGUCCUUUAUCAAUUAGGAUCUUCACCGCCUUCAACAUGUGGUGGAGGAACUGUUAGCUUUGUCAAUGGAUUCAAUGAAGAGGACACACUGUAUUAUGACGAUGUGGAAGAGAGAGAAGAUGCCGGAACUCCUCCAAUUAUUCAGAAAAUAAGAACAGCAAUGGCUUUCUCGUUAAAAGAAUACAUUGGUUAUGAAGUGAUCCAAAAGCAGGAGCACUAUUUCAUAGACAGAGCGCUUGACCGGCUUUUUGCAAAUCCAAACAUUUGGGUAUUAGGAAAUAAUAGUGUAAAAAGGCAAGCUAUCUUGUCCUUUCUCGUGUUCUCCACAACAAAUUCCUCAUUUCAUGACUUAAAAAACAAGGCAAGUGAUGGAGGAAUUUCCAUUUGGAGAGAGUCUGGAAACAUGAGAGAUAAACCCCUUCAUGGCCCUUUUGUUGCAAAGCUCCUCAAUGACCUUUUUGGCAUCCAGGCUCGUGGUGGUUGUGCUUGUGCUGGACCUUACGGUCACCAUCUUCUUCAUGUCGAUGAGCCUCAUUCAAUUUCCUUCAAAUCCGCCAUCCAAAAGGGUUACCACGGAGUGAAGCCUGGAUGGACACGAAUCAACUUCGCUUACCACAUGUCAGUAGAAGAGUUCGAGUUCAUUCUUGCUGCAUUGGAAUUCAUAGCCAUGUAUGGCCAAAGGUUCCUUGUGCUCUAUGACUUCGACUGGAAAACAGGCAAUUGGACAUUCAAGAAGAAGGCAUUCAAAGAGAUUCAAGCAAUCAAACAAUGCAAACAAGAAUUCAAUAAUUUGUUGAUCAAUCGAGCUUUCCAAACCGCCAAUUCUGAAGACAAUAAUGCAAUUGCUGAUAACACUACUAUUGAGAUGAUUCACAAAUAUGUGUCUUACUUGGAAACAGCAAAAGAAGUUGCUCAUUCUCUCCCUAAGUUUCCUCCUCCUAGAAAGGUUCCGAAAGAGAUUGAUCUUGAUCUCGUGCAGUUCAGAAUUUAGCCCCGUUCAUCUCCAUUUUUUUAUUCGUUUUAUUUUUAUUUUUAUUUUUUGGCAUCUAAUCCAGCAACAAAUGCUGACAUUUACCUUGAGUUGUAUAUUGUAAUGUGGAGCUUUUGCACACUAAAGAUAAGUUAUUCUUUUUUUUGUAUCGGAAAAAUAAAUGAAUAAAAAUUUGGAAUAUCUUAUUCCUUUUUUUUCCCUUUGUUUGUUGUGUUCUUUUCUUCAUUUCUAAAUCUUUGUGGUUGUUUUCUCAGUAUUAGUCCGUUCGAGAAGAGGAAAAUGGA